AUGAUCUUGGGAAUGUUCGCUUUACUGGUCUUUCUAGCAAUGCUCGAUGUUGCAGAAAUGGCCAAAAACACUAUCAGAGAAGAGGGAAUUACUCCCAUACCUUUAGACAGGAUUAAUCCUCGUACUAAAGAAUUCCGACGUAUGGACACCGACGGAGAUGAAAGAGUUUCGUUUACCGAAUUUCUUCUUGCCGAUACUCGCUACAUAGAAAAGCAAUCAACCAAAUUUCACAAAUUGGAUGAAAAUGGUGAGCACUCUGCAUUUUGGCGAAACAAGCUUAUUAAAAGCAGUGCGCAGCAUGCGUCUACACAGACUUGAAA